AUGGGGUUGAAAAGCGUGAAUGAAUGAAUGAACGCUGAGAGUUGGCUUAAUUCAUAUUGUUCAGUCGCAGAUAACAAGAUAGAAAUAGAAAUAUAGAAUUUGAAAACCCAUUCUAAACAACACAAGCAGGAUGUGUGCUGCCGUUUCUUCGAGUCAUUGCGGAAUAGAUGUCUGCGUUGAUGAAGAUGUGUUGAGCAAGGCACCGCACUGUCCACACGGACCAACCCUUCUGUUUGAGCGAUUCACCCCAGGCAAGGACACAAGCCAACGCUACUAUGCCUGCUCGGCCUGCAGAGAUAGGAAGGACUGUGGGUUCUUCCAGCUCCACACCAAUGCUGAGAUCGUCUCAGACUUCAAGCAACAGAUGAGAGAGGAGUACAACCGCUCCAGACAACCCUGGAAACGGCAGGAGGAUUAUUACCAAAGAUUCAUCACAACAGAGAGCCUUGCUGAGGAUGAGAGAACAUUCUGUUAUGAUUGCCAGCUGCUCAUCCUACCAGAUGAACAGCCUGAUCACAUAAAACAUCGCACCAAGAAGGGAAUCACUAACCCAGACUUGGCAAAACCCAGCUAUCUGAUGGAGGCUAUUGAGAAUAACAAAACCAAUGCGCAAUACCUAUUUUCCACCAAGGCAGUGGCAUUCUUCAUCCAGACAGUGAAAGCUCUGGGCUUCAAGAGAGUACUAUGUGUAGGUGUUCCAAGGCUACAUGAACAAAUCAUGGCCGAUACUUCAUCAGGUCUAGAGAGUCUGCUACUUGAUAUCGAUCACAGAUUUGGCCAGUUCUAUCCGCCCUCCCAGUUCUGCCGGUACAACAUGUUCAACCAUUACUUCCUGGAUGGUGCCCAGAGUCAGGAGUCAUGCAGGGAGUUCCUGACAAGAGACGAUGGUGAAGGGGUCGUCAUGGUAACGGACCCACCCUUCGGGGGUAUGGUGGAUGCCCUAGCGUCAGGGGUCAAGUGGAUCAUGGAGAUGUGGAGGUCAAAUGUCACACAUGUCAGUCGAUCUCUUCCUGUGAUGUGGAUAUUUCCAUAUUUCUUGGAGCACAGAAUCAUAGAGGGUCUACAAGGAUUUAAAAUGCUUGAUUAUAAGGUGGAUUACGACAACCAUCCUCUGUUUAAAGGAGGACCAGAUGCCAAGAAGAAAGGAUCACCAGUCAGGAUCUUUACAAACCUUGAUCCAGCCAAGAUAGAACUACCAACAUCUGAAGGAUACAGAUUAUGUAAGGAAUGCCAUCGCUAUGUAGCAGCUGAGAACAUCCACUGCUCCAAGUGCCAGGAAUGCCCGUCUAAGAACGGUACAACAUACACCCACUGUGAGAUCUGCAACAAAUGUGUUAAGCCAUCCUUCAGCCACUGUACCAAGUGUAACAUGUGUGAGUUAGCGACUCAUGACUGCGGUAAGGUCCAAGCUGGUUGCCAUGUGUGUGGAGCUCUCGACCACAAGAGGAGAGACUGUCCAAAGAGAUCGUCGUCAUCAUCCAAAAAAAGAUCAUAUGAGGAGGCUGUUAGCAGUGAUGCCAGCAAGCUGUUGACAUGGCCGAAGCGGAAGAAGAGGAAGAAUCCUGCACUGUCUUCGGUCCUGCGUCAUUUCAGACCGGUAGAAGAACAAGCUGUUGGGACUCCUAGGGCAGCGGUCCAUCCAACCAUCAGCAAACGUCCAAGUGAGAAUGGAGUCCAGUCUCCAGGAUCGUUAGGAAGCCCAUGUAUCAGUGCCACAGUGUUGUCACCACUGCAACCGCUGCAGUUAACGCCCAUGACCAAAGGCAUUCAGAGUCCUGAUGAAGCCAUUGAAAGGACAGUUCAACCUGAUGAUUCUUCUAUGCAGGAAUCACCAUGUCCAUCCAAAGUAGAUGGUAACGAUAACAUCCUUGAAGGAUCCAUUAACGGGUCGAGCUUCAGCACAGAGAGCAGUGUGGUCGAGAGCCCUCGUAGUUUACGAAAGGGACAGUCUUUAUCGAGUUUAAGUGGCAUCGGAACACAAGAUGUGAGGAAGGGAAGGGUUGAUGGGAAGAAGAUGUCUAAGCUGAAGAGUAAAAAGAAGAAGCUGAUGGAGAGGAUCGAGAAGUUGAGAAUGAAGAGAAAGAUUACAUUAAAACUAUGAAAUCUUAAAGGAAAAAUUGAUUUGAUUUGAUUCAAAUUUUUGGUUUCUGCCAAAUUUGGUUUCAUCCAGACAAUAUUUAGAACAUACAUUUUCAUAAGCAUAAGAAAAAAAUCAGAUUCCAUAAAGAGAGGUGUUGUGGUCUGGUGGAUACGUCAUUGGACCAUGGAUCACAGAGUUUGAGGUUCAAGUCCCGCUGUGGCACUAAUGUCCUUUGGCAAGACAUUAAUCAAUCUACAUUUGCCACUCUCCACCCAGGUGAAGUAAGUGGGUACCUGGUAGGAAGGAAUUCCUUGAAUGCUUUAGUGCCUUAUUAUUGUGGCUCAGCUACAGCCGGGGUAAUAAUAUGAAACUUUGUAUUAACUGCAGUAAGAGUAUACUCGUAUAUUAGCAGCGCUAUACAAAUGGACCUAGUAUUAUAAAGUCCUUCCUGUUACUGUAGAUGUCGAUGAAGCUCUUUCAAAAUGACUGAAUUAGACAUCUUCAAAUCAUGUAGUACACUUUGUGUCUAUUUAUGUGACAUAUUAGCUGGGCUACUGCUGGACCUACAGCUUUUAUUACAGCAGACAGUAAUCAAGUCGCCAAAAAUGUGAUAUUGUGCAGCCCUUUACAUAGGCCUUGACAAAAGUUUAUAAAAUUAUAACUACAGCCAAAAUGUAUAAACGGCAAAAACUGUCACAUAUUUUUGUGCUCCAACCCCAAAAUGUAUAUUGCUAUGAUCAUAUUCUUUAUUAUCAGAGCAGACUAGUGUGUGUAUUCAUGUAUAUGUGAUGUGUAGAAUUGUAAAGCUGAUGCCUUCGGAUACAGAAAUGAAAAUGAUAUUCUAUUUUGAUUUAUUGGACCAAUGUGUUCAUAGAGCUAAAGUUUAUUAUACAAGUAUGAUUUGCACAGGUGAUAUAUUGGAUUUGAAAAAAUUAAAGAACCAGUGCCAUAACUUUUAAAUGAAAAGUGAUUUUGAUUUGUUGGAGUUUAAGAACUUGCCUACGAGGAAAGUGUUUAUUCUAGUAGAGGAUAUUAAAUACUUACAUAAUAUACUGACAAACUCAAUGGUCUGUAUUCUACUAAAUUCAGUUAGAACUUUGGUCUAACAAAGGGAAAAUUUAGACCUCGUACUGACUUUCUUUGUUAAACCUGAUUUUGAAGAAAAGCUUGAAGCCUUAAACCCAAUAUCGGGUUUAAAUGUCAGACGAAAAUUGGGCCAUAGGGCCACGAAACCACUUCAUUAUACCGUGAGUGUCCUGUAGUAUAAGAACUACUAUUCUGAAGAGAAAAAAAAUCAAUUUUCUAGAUAUGCUUGUUAAUAUUAUUAUGAAUGCAAUAUCAAUGUAACAGUAAAAGAAAAUACUUUUUUAGUGUAGAUGUAUUUCUGAAGAAAAGCAAUUAUGUUAUACAUGAAAUUAUCUUUAGACUUCAUCAUGCUAGGGAUGAUCAGAACAAAGUGUAUACAUUCUGCAACAUAAAUAUCUUGUGUGGUUCUAUGAUUGUGAUGUACAUACAGCCGAUGCAUGAAUGUACAUCUAUGUACUGUAUAAUCUAUGUGGUGUCCAGAAAUAUAUUGGAAUAUAGAGGUGUUGUAGUCCAGUGGAUAAGUCUCCAAACCACAAGGUAUGGGUUCAAAUCCCUGCUACAGCACUAACAUCCUUUGGCAAGACGUUAAUCUACAAUUGUCACACACUCCACCCAGGUGAGGUAAAUGGGUACCUAGUAGGAAUAUUCCUUGAAAUGCACUGUGCAUUGAUAGGGACGUUAUAUCGUAAUGUGUUAUGCACUAUAUAAAAUGCACUACGGAUUAUAAUUAUUAUUAUAUUUUAGGUCAAAGUUAUGUCAUCAAGUGCGUACAUGUACAUGUAAAGAGAUUAUGUUGAGUUCUUGUCAUGCAAUUUGAUUUUGAAAGAAACUGCCUACAAGUUAUUUAGAAUAGAAUAAUCAUGUGAAAUGAUGUUAUAGAAUCAUCAACAUUUUGAAGGAAUUUGACUAAUAAAUCUUGCUGAAUAUCAGAAACAUUGUUCCGCACUGGACACAAGGGAAUAAUGGCGUUAAAAUUUGGUCUCUUGUUGUAAAGUAUUUCUAGUGUUUCUUGAAAUAUAUAAUAUUACUUCUGGUACUUGUUAGUGUUCUAUGUGUGGAGGAAAAUAAUGAGAAAGUUCACAAACUGAAUUUCACAUUUACUUGUACUCGGUCUUCUCUUUGAAGAAUUUUAGUGUGUCACUGUGUCUUCCAUCAUGGGCUGCUUGUGUAAAAAUUUGCAACUAAAUGCAACUCCAUGAAGUUGCACAACUCCUACAUACACGUACUUGAUUCUGAUGCAUUCUAGUUCUAUAGUUGCGUAUAUAUGUGAUAGUCAGAAGUUUAUACGAGAGAUCUAUUUGAAAGUUGUUUUCUAUGAUAUUUUGAUUUCCUUAUCAUAUCAGAAUGAUUGUACUAUCAAACUUAUUGAAAUGAAUUUGUUGCCUAAUGCCAGCUAGAGAUUUACUAUUCAUUGUACAUGUACACACUUGUUUUUAGUUGUUCAUAUUCAUUGUUUGAAGGGGAAAAAGCAAUCUGUUGCUCUAUAACUUCAUCUUCAGAAAUUAUUUUAUAUAUUUUAAGCAAGCUGUCUGAAACAAGCAUACAACAACUGAAUAUAUGAUAUGCUAGCUACUGCACAAAGCUCUUUUAUGCUGUAAGCAACCUGUCUCAAACAAUUUCCUGAACUUUUCCUGAAGAUAUCAGUUUGUUGUUCUAUAUUUUCAAGCCAGAGAAUUAUAAAAAGUAGCCUGUAUCAAGCAAGCAUGAACAUUAUCUCAAUUUAUGAAUGCUUAGAUUUUACACAAUGCAGUACUGAUCCACACUAUGAGUGCAUUAUAUUAUUACUACUUUAGAUGCAGUGUCCUGCCAUAGUUUGCCUGGUAGUAAGUUUGCUGUAGGUUUAGUGGAAGCUUACAGGUUGGAGUAUGCAUAUAAUGUUGCACUUGUUUUGAUAAAGCAUCAUGAAUGUGAUUCUUAUAAAAACAUGAUUAAGAUGAUAGCCACAAUUUCCUGUAGAGUAUGUAGGAAAAGCCUACCGGUAGUUAAUCAUGUGAUCAUUGUGAUGAGGAUGAAAGAUUAACAAUUCUGAUUGUUUAUAACUCAAAUGUAUUUUGAAUAUUUUUUUCCCCCCAAAUACCCUUGUCAAUAUAGUACUUAAAAUUGGUCAUUAGAUUGAUUUUUUUUCAAUUUUAGGGAGGGGAUAUAUCAAAUCCAUAUGAUCCGUGUAUUCAUGUUUUAUUGAAAGAUUCUGAACACAAUUCCUUUGAGCAUUGCACAUGUAAUAUCUGACAAAAUCUUUUCCUAUCCAUUGUUAUUAGCUCAUGACUCUGAGUAAAGAGAUGGGCCCCGCAUAUUCAAUAUAUAUUACAUCCUUCAAUUGCACAAUGUGCAAGUCUUAGGAUGGUAGAAAAGUUUUAACUUUGGAGUGAUAAAUAAUCAAAGGUGUUUUUUUUUUUUUUUUUUUUUUGCUAAACAUGAGUACUUGAUGCAUUAUCAUCGGUGAUUUGACAGGUUGCAGUUAAUUUUAGUUAUACUGCCCUCUUGGUAUCAAAGUAUGAAAUAUUUAAUCUCGGACUGGCCCCAAAAUUGCCAGGGUAUUGUGAUAGAACCAGUGGCCUGGUAAACGGUGAGAAUUAAAAGAUGAAACGGAUAAAUGAACAUGAUUCUUUUUGUAAUGCUAUACGAAUGAAAUAAAUGCUAAAUUUGCAACUAUGAAA